CGACGUUAUGCCGACAUAUUCUACAAAUUUACCAUACAAAAUUAAUUUUGAAUUUUCGAUAGAUUUUCUACAAUAAAAUAAUCAGAUUUUGACAAUUACAAUAUUUCAUCAGAACAUCGGGAAACUUCCAUAGGAUUUCCCAAAAAGGCGUCACCCUAUGAACCAAUCAAAUCACCCAUUAGAGAAAAUACUGAGAAAGCGAGAGCAUUUUCUCAUCAGUUUUGUAAUUGGUCAAUAUAUUAUUUACAAAUGGCCACGAACUUCUGUUAAAAAAGUGACUCAAUAUAUACGUUUUACUGCUUAUUUCGUAAGUAUUGUCGUGUUCAAGGGACAGUAUGAUAAUCAGUUAGAUCUAGCUAGCUGGUUUCGCGGUGAAUUUAUUACUCCACAACACAAACUGGAUUACAUGAAAAUUAUAAUAAACUUUACCUGGAUACGAGUCUCGUAAUUAUUACGAGACAUGCUUGAUGUUUAGACUGUCUGCGAUGAAGUGACAAGUUUGCUUUGUCGGCAAGUUUAUUUGCAGUGAUGUCAUCUUGAACUUGUGGAAAAUUAUGUUGAAUCAUCAUAAAGAUCACCAUCCCAGAUAUACCUCAGCUGAUAAAUAAAAAAAUAACAAAUAAACAAUUGUUGACUGUAUAACUAAACAAACAUCUCAGUUAUCUAAUCAACAAAAGAAUCUUACAGUUUGAAACCGUUAAUCUGUUGAACUGUCAGGAGCUUUAGUACAUCAAUGAAAAUGCCUAAGGCAAAAUCCCAGGAGCCCAGAGUAAAGAAAAUGCCUCCGAAAGACACAGAGGAAUACAAAGUACGUCGUGACCGUAACAAUCUAGCAGUGAAAAAAAGUCGCGAAAAGGCAAGAGAAAAGAAACUGGAGAGUAACCAGAGGGUUCAAAAACUCAGGGAAGAAAAUCAAGCCUUGGAACAAAAGGUUACAAUUCUAUCAAAAGAACUAAGUGUUUUAAAAGAUCUUUUUCUGACGCAUGCGCAAGGAUUACAAAUUCCUUCGAAUGAGACUAAGGAAGAGGAUAUUACCGAUCUCGUGAAGGUCAAGAAGGAAACUGAUAGUGACACUGAGGCUGACAAUACAUUUACUGUUAACACAGAGGCUAUAUUAAAGGAUCAUGAAUAUUCAUCACCAUCUAAACUCCAUAAGAAUUGAAUGGACUGUUGUUAUUGCAAUAUAUCUCUGCCCUUCCCCAAUCCCUUAUCGUAUACUGUUGUUUUAAGGAUAUAAGGGGAGGGAGACUCAGAUAAUUUAUUGCAAGACAGUGCUACUACAGAGUCCGAUACAUUAUUCCAUACAUUACACUUACUCGAACCCAGGCCCGUAGCCAGGAUUUGCCAAGGGGGGUUCAGUUUUCAAAAAUUUCCAGGAGGGGUUCACAUUUGACAAUUUUGGCCCAUAUAUGGCUAAAAUC